CUUCAAGUAUAACUACCACAAAAAUAAAUUAUAUUUCAUGUAACACUUUUGACCUGAUCCAAGAUCAUGUCCCUGCAGUGGCAAAACGAAGUGGUGCGCAUUACGCGCCAAGUGAAGCGCAAUCUACCGCAUCGAAAUUUCCGAGAGAUUAACUUUGAUCGCGAGACCAUAAGGCAAGCAAUCACUCCACUGACCUACGAUAAGGCGCGCCGCAUCAAGGGACCAGUUUUCGAGGCUCUGGAGGACGAGUUGCGCCGGGCAGGAUGCACCAUGCUGCCGGAGUUCCUCCACUGCCUGGCCACCAAGGAGAAUGCACUCUUCGAGAGCCUGAAUAUCCGCGAACGGCUAUCCGAUGAUUCGGAAUUGCUCUACGGAAUGGUUGAUCGCCUCCGGGAUGCCGAACUCGCCGUUUGCCUGCACAAGCACCGGGGUCUGAAACAGUGUUUCGGCCUAUUCUUCGAGACCAUGCAGCUGCUGGAGCCGUACCGUCAGAAAUACGCAUACGCCCUGGUGGCCCUCAAUGAGCACAUCAUCUCGCUGUGCCGCAACAUUGCCGGCCAGGAGCGGGAGGCCGCCGAGUACAUAUCCCGCAUCUACUACAUCUACUCCAUGUAUCUGGUGAACACGGGUCAGCGUACCUCGGCCAUCAAUUACCUACAAAUCGCCAUGGAUCUGGUGCGUGGUCACGUGUGGACCGCCGAGGUGGGAAUGCCCGCAGGCAGCCUCACGCUCCACGAGCUGGUGGCCCAGAAUCUCGCCAGGCAGCUCCUCAUCCAGGGCAAGUCCAUUGUGCGCCAGCACCCCGAAGAUGCGGUGGCCAUGGCCCGACGGGCCACGGUCCUUAUAGCAGAAAUUGGCAGGGAUAAGAACAUGGAGAUUUUCUGCGACACCUUUCUGGAGCGUGCCUACUUCUUGAUGGAGAUUGGCAACUUUAACUCGGCCCAGCAGUGUCUGGACCAGAUCAAAACCCAGAUCCUGGCCUGCACCGAGUACCGAUUCGUUAAGCUCAACAUCAAGUACUACCUGUUCCAGGGACAAUGUUCCGAGAUUUUUGAGCACGUGGAGAAGGCCAUUUCGUGUUAUAAGCGAGCUCUUCGCUUAUCCCGACUGUAUACCCACCGUGAUUUGGAGGCGGAGAUACUUUUGCAUCUGGGGAAGAUCUUCGCCAAGGACACCCAAAUGACAAGCAUCGCUAAGAAGUGCUAUGAGCACGCCAAGCGCAUCUACGUGGACUUUAACGAUCUGCACAGCCGCAAGAUGGCCAAUUACCUGCAGGCCAAGUUAAUGGCGGAUGAAAUCACACCUCUUUACAUGGCCAUGCUCAAGUCUUCGACCACUCGGUAUUGCGCCUUUUUCAACCUACGUCAGUGGAAGAACCGCUGUCGUCCCUUUUGGAAGCGACUGGGCGACGAAAUCAUCAAACAGGAAACGGAUAGCAUCUACUGUCUGCUGGAUGAGGAGAAAGAGGAUCCAGGCCACGAUGUGGCACCUUACGAUGAUGUCGACCUCAAGACUUUCAAACUGGCUGAGGGAGACAUCUAAGCUCUGCUCCUAACAAAUUUUAUUGCUUACUUCAUCUAUUUGCGGCUCCUAAUUGAUCUUUAGGGAGUAAUACUACAUUUUCGGAACGGAAUCUUAAGUUUGAUCAAAUAACAAGUUUGCUUUCCUUUACUUAUUCAGCUGACUGAAUUUUACCCCAUGCCUAAAAUUAUUUGCACACAUCAGAGUUGUGGAUUCCCUCGAUGAAGUACUGCCCAUAAACGGUCGAGUGUAUACCUAUACCGAAGAUAAUCAAAUCCUGCGCAUAAUGCACGAAUUUAUUGACUCCCGAUAUCUCAGGUAUUUGAUCAGGCAUUGCAUUGCAAACCUUUGGAUGUCCGAAAUAUAAAUAGAACUACUAGAGCUAAAGUCCACUCGGUUUUGAAUUACCAUGAAUCAACGAACAUGAAUCGAUCAUCCGGUAAUAAAGUACACGUAUUCUAAGCGGGAAGAUCAAAGGUGAAAUCAUCAGUACGGAUAAUCUAUAAAUAAUUGUGGAGUGGCAUACAAUUCCUUAUAGCUGAUAUAGUUAUAUCAGUUUACCGUCUUAU